AUUUUGGUGAGAGGCCAAAGCUAAAAGGUAUGGGUAGGUUAGGGAUUUCGUUGUUUUCCCUUGUCGCCGUCGACAACAGGAGCCUGGGCAGAACUACGCCGUCCUAUUCCUCUUCGUCGUCUUGCUCGACGUCCUCUGCUUCUCCCGCGGAAUCUGUUGCAUGUUUUUUACAAAGAAGCAGGCGUAUGUUAUGGCCAGACGUCCUUUGCAGCUAUUCAUAAGUAGAUUGUCAUUUUAUACAACGAACGAGAAGUUGAGGGCCUUAUUUUCGCCUUUUGGUGAGCUUAAAGACGCGAGGCUUUUGGUGGACUCUAAAACUCGGAGACCCAAAGGAUUUGGAUUUGUGACCUUUGAAUCUGAAACCGAUGCUCAUAAUGCUUUGAAGGCUUUGAAUGGAAAGAUUAUUGAUGGAAGAAUGGUUUUUGUGGAAGUUGCCAAGACCCCUGGAUCUGGGGAGAGUUAGCUGGUAGGAGUCAUGCUAAGUCAAAACCAGAAACCUCAUUUUGGAAUGGAGGGAGUGAUAAUACUUUGACACAUGGCAAGUUCAUUAAGCUGGGCAAUGUUUAUCGGAUUUCCAUUUUUGUGCACUUUAGAUAUAUGUGUGGCUUAUGUGUAUCUUAUCAAUGCAGUUUUUGGAAGCGCCAAAAGAAAUAUAAAAUUAGGUGCUUUGUGCCAUCCUAUACCCCAAAAUAAAAUCUACAGUAAGAUAUUUAGAAAUAAAAAGAACUAGGACUUUAUCCAUGGUUGAAUGUAAAAGCUAACAAUUAACAUAAAGUUGAUAGAUAAUGUCUAUGUUUAC